UGUUCACGCAAGUCUACCCACACGGUCAAGAACUGACGUUCCCCCUUGGAAAAUAUUUCAGAAACAUCACACGCGAUACAUUUCUGUAUCAUCUAUGGAAGUCGAAAAAGGCUGAAAAAAUAGCUGAUUGAAUUCUACACACGAGAAUACCUCUAACCGCCUGAUGUUUUUUGUUUUUGUUGAGUGAGCGGCAUUAAUCGGGGAUAUGUCGAACGAGGAGAGUUACUUGGCUAUCCAGCGCUAUUUGACCGACGAACGUGAGCCGUAUGCGCCGGGCACGCAUGGCAACACAAAGAGAAAGAUCCGCAAAGCGGCCGCCUGUUACAUAGUGCGCAAUGAGAUUUUGUAUUAUCAGAGGCGACAGAAAGGCCUGGAUGAAUUCACGGAGUUGGAAGUGGUGCUGCAGGCCGAUCGGCGGAAGGAACUGAUCACGGAGGCGCACAUCACGUCCGGAGGGGAACACCUCAACCAGCAGCAGACAUGGGAGAUCAUUUCCCAGAAAUACUGGUGGAGAGGUAUUUUGAAGCAGGUAAAGGAUUGCAUAAGGGAGUGCAGUCAUUGCCAAAGCAAACAAGAGAGGGGACGAGGGAGUCCUGAGGAUGCCACAAAACAAGCACCUGUCCGACAAAAAACUUCUGUCCGGUUUCGUGAGGAAGAGUAUGAUGGCGCACAGGAUGAAUUGGUUGAGGAACCACCUGUAGCUGUCAAUAAACAUGAACUAGUGUUUGUGGACAGUAAAGGUAUUGUCAAGCAGUUCUUGCCAAAGCAUGGUCAGACCAUGCUGGAUAAACUGAACCAGCAGCGACUCAAUAAUGUGUUCUGUGAUAUCACCCUGCUCAUUGAGGGUGAAGAGCAUCGUGCACAUAAAGCUGUUCUGGCGUCCUGCAGUGAAUACUUUUACCAACUUUUCGUUGAGAAGGGUGCUGUGUCCACUCAUGAAGCUGUCGUUGACCUCUCUGGCUUCAGCAAAGCCAGUUUUCUGCCGUUGCUGGAGUUUGCCUACACUUCCAAUCUCACCUUUAACUUUUGCGUGAUGGCGGAGGUGGCCACACUGGCACGGCACUUACUGAUGGCCGAAGUGCUUCAGAUCUGUGAAUCUGUACACAAGAAAGUGGAGGAGCAGAAGAUGACGGUCUAUCAGAGAGGAGACAUCCACGCUGUUGUUGCCAGCCCCCCUGUUAUCCCUCAGCCAAUCACGUCCACCGAUUCUGAAACCUAUGUGUUAACAAUGCAAAGUGAUGGCCAAGCUGUUGUUACGCAAACUGGUCCAGCUGAGGCAGGACAGUCUCUGGCUGUAAUAACAAGUGACGUUGGUACUGCUGAAUCUCUUGCACUGCUUGCCGGUGCAACUGUAGAUGGACAGACAAUGACUGUCGUCACUCAUAGUGGACAGGCUGGCUCAGCUGAGUCUCUCGCUAUGGUGGCUCACAGUGGCGUGGUAGACGAGGGUGAGACCAUGACUUUGGUCACUCACUCUGGGCAGGCGGGCUCGGGUGAGUCCCUGGCUGUAGUGCAGGCCUGUUGGUCUGUAGAGGAACCACAGGUUUGUGACACUCCUGUAGCAGAGAGCAUGCAACCAGGUGCCUUUCUUGUUAGCGUGGAUCCUAGCAAAGCUGACUCCAGUGAGGUUGUGCAUUUAGCUGCAGCGCCACCUGCAGUGCAGGCUGAGCCAACACAGCAGCCCGAGCCAGCAGCACCACCACAGCAAGCUCCAGCACCAAUCAAACGAAGGCCAGGAAGACCACCUAAAGUGAAGCAACAGGAACCUCCUCCAGUAGAGGAACCCGAGGAGAUGGAGGAGAUUGAGGAUGAGUCUGCUGCUGAUGAAGAGAAAAGCGAGGCGGAAAGCAUAGAUCCUAACAAGAGAUACCUUAGAAAACGAUCAAUGAAAGAAGGAAGCUAUGUUCGUCUUCAUAUGGGACUUGAGAAUGAGGAGGAAGAGCAGAGCCCUUCACCCCCUAUGAAGACACCUCAAAAACUUGCCAGGAGAGGUUUUGUGGUUAAGACCAUAAGGAAGAUUCCAGAUGAGCCUUUGGAGGCCAACCUAGAGUCUGUUUCUGAUAUCUUGGCAACUUCAGUAGAGGAGCCGGAGUCUGUUUCAGUCCAAUCAGAGAAUGUAGAGGAGGUGACACUGCAGGAAGACCCAGGAGGAGCUGUCGAAGGAGAACAUCCAUGUAAUGAGUGUGGCAUGGUGUUCCAGAGGCGAUAUGCCCUCAUCAUGCAUGCUCUGAAACACGAGAAGUCUCACAACUUCAAAUGCAGCAUCUGUAAUAAGGAGUUCCAAUAUGCGGUAUCGCUCCGGGCACAUUUGGCCCGUCACAAGCAUCAGAAGACUCGGAGAGCCAACGUGAAACGAGCCGCAGCCAAAGAAGAUUCUCAGGGGUCAGAAGAUCCAGCAACAUGCCGCACAAAGAGGGAGUUUGUGUGUGACAUUUGCGGCAAGACGAUGCCCAAGCUGUACUCCCUUCGUAUUCAUAUGCUCAGCCAUACAGGUGUGAGGCCGCACAGCUGCAAGGUCUGCGGGAAGAGCUUUGCCACCAAGCACAGCCUGAAGAUGCACCGGGCACUUCAUGACACGCUCAAGAGAUUUCAAUGCACCGUCUGCGAAAAGUCUUUUGCCACCAAGAGAAGCCUGGAGGAGCAUACGAGCAUUCACACAGGUGAAUCAAAGUACCUGUGCACAACCUGUGGAGCAACGUUUCACCGUGCGUCCGGACUGUGCAAACACCUUAAAAAACAUCAACCCAAACCUGACGUCCGAACGUUUCACUGUACUGACUGUGACAAGAGCUUCUUUGAAGCAAAAGACCUGCAGCAACACAUGAAUAAGCACUUAGGCCUGAAGCCCUUCCAGUGCCAGGUCUGUGGAAAAUGCUACAGCUGGAAGAAAGACUGGUACUCCCAUGUCAAAUCGCACACUGUUGCAGAGCCCUUCAGGUGUAAUGUGUGUGGGAAGGAGUUCUUUGAGAAGUCUCUGUUCAGACGGCACGUGAAGAAGGCCACUCAUGGAAAGAAGGGCAGAGUUAAGCAGAACUUGGAGAGAGAGUGUGAACACUGUGGGAGGAAGUUCACACAACUCCGAGAAUACCGUCGACAUAUGAACAAUCACCAGGGAGUUAAACCCUUUGAGUGUCUGACCUGUGGCGUGGCAUGGGCAGAUGCCCGUUCACUGAAACGGCAUGUUCGCACUCACACGGGCGAACGCCCUUACGUGUGCCCAUUGUGCCAGGAGGCCCACAUAGAUGCCAGGACAUUGCGAAAACACAUAACCAAGUUUCAUGGAGACCAGUUACCGGGCAAAAUCAUGCUGGAGAAGGACACACUGCAGUUCCAUAACCAAGGCACGCAGGUGGAACACGCUGUCAGCAUCCUCGGUUCUGAGCUGCCUCCUGAACUCCAACCACCACAGCCUCCCAACGAAGAGGAAAUAGAGACUGUGCUCAUCACAGAAGAAACUGUGGAGGCUGUACAGGCUGUAAGCGAGGGCAGUGUAACCACGUUGUCAGAUCAGAGCAUUAUGCAAGUGGUGAAUUACGUUUUAGCCCAGCAAGCUUCGGUCAAAAUAGAAGAAGCCCCUGAAGUCAUCCAGACCAUGGAAGUGGAGGUAGCCCAUGUGGCAGAAGUGGAAUGAGACAUUUGUCAUCGGAUAUGAAUGGAUAGAGGUUUUGUCAAUUGGCUUUUUAGCCUUUUAUGGGAACCUCGAGAACUGCAUCGUGUCCCAGGUGACAGCCUCACCUGAGCUUGAUCCGACAAUAAAAGUAAUAUGACUGAAUAAAAUGACAGGCUUAUUCUUAUUGUUGUUGUUGUUAGGCAACCUGUGAGAUAAUGUAAAAAAGUGCUCAUUUAUUUUUGUUGUAAAAUAUAAAUUAAAGUUCACUCAAAAGAUUGACUUCACACCCUAUCUGGAGUGUAAGAUUGUGCGCUUGUGUGGGUAAUGUGUAUGCUUCAUUUGUAUCAUAAUAACCGUGUGUGUACAAGUUUAUGUAAACAUAGGAAAAAUUUACAUUGUUAAAAGCAUACAAAAAACAGUGUACAUAUCUGGCUUUUUGUAACCUGUUAAAAUUGGGGCUGAGUGUCAUGGGGGUUGUUUUUUCAUCCUUUGCAAAGCUAAUAGGCUCUCACAGGCCUAGUGAAUGAACUAUAUGGUACCUCUCAGAGUAUUAUGUAUAGCAGCGGAACUGUCACCCAAAUAAAACUCUGCAGGGAUGCACCACA